AUGGGAGUAUCCAAAUACCUCCGAGAAAAGAAGUUAGUUAUAGUAGAGGGAGUGAUACUAGACUUGAGGUUAAAAACUUUAGGAAGCUUAGAAAUUUUCAUGGAGGUAGAAAAGGCGUACCUGAAGAGCGCUUAUGUUUUAGAAGUAACUAUUGAUGGUGCUGAGAUUUCUGGGACUACGAAUGGUGUCAGGAUCAAAACAUGGCAGGGAGGGUCAGGAAUAGCCAAGAACAUCAAGUUUCAAAAUAUUGAAAUGCACAAUGUGAGCAAUCCCAUUAUAAUAAAUCAGUACUAUUGUGAUCAUCAUAAACCAUGCAAAGAACAGAAAUCAGCAGUUAAAGUGAAAAAUGUGAUGUACAAGAACAUAAAGGGGACAAGUGCUACUGAAGUGGCAAUCAAAUUUGAUUGUAGUAAAGCCUAUCCAUGUCAAGAUAUUUUAUUGCAACACUACAAAAAAACAGGUUGGAUUAUCUGUUUCAUUCAUAGAGAGCUGCUGGCUAUGUCCUCUAUCUCUAGAUGA